CUGCGAGGGUGCAGACACUGGGGGUGGGGAAAGCGCCGGCGUCGCGGCGCGCAGGCCCCGCCCGGAACCCAGCGAGCGCGCUGGGCUGCCUCCUUCCUCCCUUGGCAGGCGCUGGGCAGAGUCAGGAGCGGAGAAACGUAGUCGGCACUGGGCUGUCUGCGUGGUUUGGGGGCAGCAGUCGCCAGAGGAGGAACAUGGCGCUCGUGGGCAACGGGACAGAGCAGGAGGCGGACGAGGACAUCUUUGAAGAUGCAUUGGACACCAUGUCUAUGUCUCGGUCAGCUAUGGCAGCAAGCAGCCAUUACUGUGCUUCAUUUGACACAAAACAGACAUCUGGACUACAUGGAACAUCUAAUAUGAGCAGGUCAUCAUCAUCAUCAUCAUCAAGCAAGUUGGAUCUCAAGAGCGGCCUAGAAGAAUGUGCAGUGGCAUUGAACUUAUUUCUAAAUAACAGAUUUACAGAUGCCUUGGAAUUACUUCGGCCAUGGGCUAAGGAAAGUAUGUACCAUGCUUUGGGCUAUAGUACCAUUGUGGUGUUACAGGCCAUUAUGACCUUCGAGCAACAGGACAUCCAGAAUGGCAUCUCUGCCAUGAGGGACGCCUUACAAACCUGCCAAAAAUACAGGAAAAAAUGUUCAGUUGUUGAAACUUUCUCAAGUUUUCUUUCCAGAGGUUCAUUUGAACAGCUCACUGAAGAGGAAAUGCAUGCUGAAAUCUGUUAUGCCGAGUGUCUUCUACAGAAAGCAGCACUAACAUUUGUGCAGGAUGAAAAUAUGAUCAACUUCAUUAAAGGUGGACUCAAAAUUCGAACAAGUUACCAAAUAUAUAAAGAAUGCCUUUCUAUCCUGCAUGUAAUUCAGAAGAGCAAAGGUGAACAGCAGUUCUUCUAUGAGUUUGAGGGGGGUGUCAAGCUGGGAAUAGGUGCCUUUAAUCUGAUGCUGUCUCUUUUACCUGCACGAAUUAUCAGACUACUUGAAUUUAUAGGAUUUUCUGGAAACCGGGAAUUGGGCCUCCUGCAGUUACGGGAAGGUGCCUCAGGAAUCAGCAUGCGGUCUCCUCUGUGCUGCUUAACUAUUCUGGCUUUUCACACUUAUAUCUCCUUAAUACUUGGCACAGGAGAAGUGAAUGUCCUGGAAGCGGAGAGUCUCCUGGCGCCCUUCCUCCAGCAGUUUCCAAAUGGCUCCCUCAUGUUGUUUUACCAUGCCCGGAUACUGCUGCUGAAAGGGAAUUUGGAAGAGGCACAAGAGACAUUUCGAAAAUGCAUUUCUGUUCAAGAAGAAUGGAAACAGUUUCAUCAUCUCUGUUACUGGGAGCUGAUGUGGAUUUAUGUAUUCCAACAAAACUGGAUGGAGGCAUAUUACUUUUCAGAUCUGCUUUGCAAAGAGAGUAAAUGGUCUAAGGCAACAUAUGUUUUCUUAAAAGCUGCAAUUUUGAGUAUGCUUCCAGAGGAGGGUGUGAAAACAACUAAAGAGGACGUGGUGACUUUAUUCAGACAGGUGGAUGGCUUGAAGCAGAGAAUUGCUGGGAAAUCAAUUCCUACUGAAAAGUUUGCUGUGAGGAAGGCGCGCCGCUACUCCGCCUCUUUGCCUGCACCUGUGAAACUUGUCUUGCCUGCCCUGGAAAUGAUGUAUGUCUGGAAUGGUUUUCCAAUAGUGAGCAAAAGAAAGGAUCUGUCUGAAAAUCUUUUGGUAACCAUUGAAAAGGCCGAGGCAGCUUUGCAGAACGAAAAUGUCAGCGACUACUCUGUGGAUGACGAGUGCUUAGUGAAGCUGUUGAAAGGAUGCUGCCUGAAGAAUCUACAGCGGCCUUUGCAAGCAGAAUUGUGUUUCAAUCACGUUAUCCAAAGUGAAAAGCUACUGAAGUAUGACCACUACCUAGUGCCAUUUACCCUGUUUGAGUUGGCAUUUUUGUACAAAAACCAAGGGGAAAUCGACAAGGCCAUAAAGGUUCUGGAAACUGCCAGAAACAACUACAAGGAUUACUCCAUGGAGUCCAGGCUGCACUUCAGAAUUCAGGCAGCUCUUCAUCUCUGGAAAAAGCCUUCUUCAGAUUGAGCAGAACAUGAUGGGUGACCUUUUUCCUUAAUCAACACUGACAUCUGCUACAGAUUAGACCUUGUAUUAAAGUGAAAAUGUGAUCUUGUGAAUGAGAGAUAAAAAUAUAACUUUAUCGUCGAUAUUUUCUAUAAUCUGUAUGGUAUAUUAUUCUACAUAUAUGCAUUUCUUUUCCUAUGGAACGAUGUUCAGUACUAUUUAGAAAAUUCCUAUAUAUUUUGCCUCUCCAAAGAGACUUUCAUAUUAGAUUGGAGUUGGAGAGUGAAAAGUCUUUUCAAGGACUCAAAGGUACAAUAAAGUCUAAAUUAGAUUAUUUAUUUUUUUAAUGUGGAAGUGAAUAUUGUUUAAGUAGCCAGUGGCUUGCAACUUGAACCAUUUUUUUAGAUUUAUUGGCCAGUUAAGCUUUUGAGAUAUUUUGUUGCUGCAUAUCUAAAUUUCAGAGGCAAAAUAGAAAUCAUCUAUAUUCCAAGUAGCUUAACAAUAACUUUAUGAAGACUCCCUGAAAAAGAAGACAGUGGAUUGUACAGGGACAAAAUAAUAUACUUAAUAGGUUGAAAAGAACUGUUUCCAGAAGAGAUUGAAAAAUGCUGUAUUGUGUUUUAGUCUUCAUGGUUAAAGAUGGUAACAUUUUUUGAGAGAUUUUUCUGUUUUGAAUGUACUUAGGUCUAUUAUAAUAAGAAAAAAUUUAAAACUCUGCGUACCCAAAGGGAAGAAAAAGUCAUAUUUUAGAAAUUAUCUUCAACUUUAGCAAGAGAGCCUAAAUAUAUAUAUAUAUGUAUAUGUUUGUUGAUUAUUUUUCUUAUAGGAAGUGAAGUUCCUGCUGCUUUAAAUGAUAUGUAAAAUAUCAAUAGUUUUUACAGUUAUGAUGUUAGUAAGUACGAUCUAAUUUUAUAAAAAGCGAAAACCCACAGACCAAACUCUACACUGUGAUGGUUCCUUAUAAAUACAUGGACUGAGUUGAGUCUUUUUAUGGGGAGACACAGUCAGGGCCUAAGCAGAAGAGAGAUGGACUCUGGCCCUGGCUUUGCCUCCAGUUAGCUGUGGGUGGAGUCACCACUGUCGAGUCCACUUGCUCUUGGCAUCCCCACAUUUUCCUUAGCUGUAAAAAGGGAAAAAAAGAUGGAUGACUUUCAAGGCCUCUUUCAGUUUUAUAACUGUGCGUCUGUGUAUGGGGAAUUUAUUUUCAGUGGAUAAUGUUUAAAUGUUUCCUCUAAAUCAUUCCUAUGUUAAAAUGUCCGAACCAUUCCUUUAAUAUGUGGUCAUCAUUUAUCUUCGUUGCCUUCCCCCACCCCCCAAACUGCCUGUAUUAUGGCUGAGAUAGAUUGUAUCCAGAGAGAGGGGAAAAGUCACUUGAGGACUGAGAAAUCACAGUGGGGGUGUGGGGUAAGUGGUUGCCCUAGUUCUCUUUCCAACAGUUGUCAGGGAAACCUCUACAGUUUCAUAGCUCUGGACUGUGGGAACCAGGCUCCCAUAACUGUCAUCACUGCUUGACAUGCAGCAAGUUCAUUCACCCACUCAGGGAGGGACUCUGUUUUCCCGGUGGGGUUAGCAGCAUUGUACAUGGUGCUUGUGAGAAUGCAACAAGAUAAUGCAAAUGUUAGCUUGUUUAAAUUGUGGAAGGCGAUGUGAACACCAGUUGUAACAUUCAGAUUGUAUGCACUGAUUAUAAUACCAGCACCAAAGUAUUGGGUGAGUUUGUGACCUCGAUUAGUAAAGAAAGGAACUUGGAAAUGCAGAUACCUUAAGUAACGUUUGACACUGGUGAUGGUCCAGAUUAUGGAUUUGUUCCUUGCUGUGUAUUCCUUGAUAUAUGUGCCUGUACCCAGCAGGAAGUUAAAUUACUUACUCUCUCUCUUUUUUUUUUUUUUUUGGACUGGGCGCUAUUCCCGGCUCAGUUCUUGGGCAUCACUCCCAGCAGUGCUCAGGAAACCACGUAGUGUUGGGCAAGGGGUGGUGUUGAACCCGGGGUCUUGCAUGCGUUGCAUGUACUCUAAGCAUUUUGACUAUUUCUCUGGGCCUAAGUAACUGGAUCUUGACUGAUACUGAAGAUUCAUUAAUAUGCUCACCUCAGAGUCCUUCCUCUUAUGUUAAUCUAUCUUAGUGUGUGUUGUUAAUACGAAUCAAAUAAUACUAAGCUUAGACAAGAGAGGAACGAAAGUUAACUGUAUUUGCAAUUAGCAGUCAAACAGUACCAUAUUGGGUCAGAAGUUUAUGAAUUCUUCAGGAAAGCUUUGGUAGCAUUAUUUUUUUAAAGUAGAAAAACCAUUGGUGUUAGUGAGAAACUGAGGGUCUAAAACAUUCUUUCUGAAAGCAGUCUAGGAGUGGUUAUGCUUAUUUUAACUGCACUACCAAGCAAAUGACAGGAGAUCACUGUUUCCUGUUUAAAUAUCUUCUCUUAUUUUUCAACUGUAUUGUAAUUUUUUUCUAAUCCUUUUAUAGUUACCUGGGAAUACAAAUAAUUUAUCCAGUAGAUUGGGGGGGGGGUGUUCCCAAGCAGUGCUCAGGGGCUCUGGGAUCUACCUAGCAAUAUUCAUUCAUACUCGGCCUGGAGCCCUGCAGGGCUGGAGCUCAGGGUCUUUGUACAUGCCAGGCUUUCAGAAUUCCCCCAACCCUUUACCCAAUAGAUUUUCUUUUUCUGCCAUAUUCAGUAUAUCCUGGUGGCACAAGUUUCUUGACAUUACUUAAUGUUGCAUUUGGAGGGGAGGGGUUUUCUGUGAAGAAAGAGCACAGAAAUGACUCAUUCGAUGGUUUAUUUAAUGUUUUGAGGUGCAUAUGAGAUAGGUUUGGCUGCCAAGGUAUCUGACAAUUUAUACAAUUUCAGUAGUUCCUGGUAUAAUUGGCUUUUUCGCCCUUUAACCAAGACCCAGGGUUCUAAUUGGUGCUGUGCUUAUGUAUGUAGAACUCAAGACAAGAUUAAGCUUUUAGGAUCAGGGAAGGCAGGUUCCCUCUUGAUAAUUAAUGGGAUAUCCAUUUCAUCAGUUCUUAAGUGAACAUGUAUUUUUAUGUUUCCUGUGCUUCUCCUGCAUAUGAUUUACUUAGAAAAGAGAAGGGCACUGAUUCUUUGAGGCUUUUUAGAGAGUAGAGAUGAGACAAGUGUGUGGACCACUUUCUAGAACAAUCAGCUUGAAUUAUCAUCUUGAAAACUUUUUCUCAGUCCUUUCCUCCCUCCCUCUCUCUCCCUUCUUCCCUCCCUCAAUUUCUCCCUCCCUCCCUAUUCCUCUUCUUUCUCUCCUUCCUUCCUUCCUUCCUUCCUUCCUUCCUUCCUUCCUUCCUUCCUUCCUUCCUUCCUUCCUUCCUUCCUU